UAUAACUUAAUAAUAAAAAUUAUCAUUCGUCAAACUCCAUCGUGACUAAACAAUUCUUUAUCACGUUUUAUUUUACUAUAUAGACUAGUAUAAAAUGUCAAAAAAUCGAAAUUCAUAUUCAAAAAAAUAUAACUAAUUAUCUUGGAUCUUUUGAAUCAAGAAAGAAUUACGAGAAAUUGAAAUUAAAUAUUAAGGAGUUAAAGAACAAUUAUGAAGAACUAUUCAAAAAAUGCAACAUAUUUAAUUACUGUUCUGCUAUUCAGUUUUGUUACUAUGCUUUUAAUUAUUCCAUCAAAAUGUGAAGCCGUUAGCAAUGAUAUGCAACCAUUGGAAGCUCGAACUGCUGAUUUAGUCCAGCAGCCAAGAUACAUUAUUGAUGUUCCUCCUAGAUGUCCUCCAGGUUCUAAAUUCGUUCAUAAGAGAUGUAGAGUCAUAGUGCCUUAAAUUCGCAUGAACUUACAAAAAGUAUAUAUUUUAAAUUGAUAUUUUAAAUUGAAGAGUUGCAUGACUUAAAAAUAAUUAUUAUUAAAUAAAUAUAUAUAUAAAUAUGGAAUUUAUUUCUUAUAAAUGAAAUUUAUUAUUAAAUACAAAGAAAUUUAUAAUAAUUAUGUGUAAAAAAUAUGAUAAUAAAUAAAUAAAAAAAAAAUUUAAAUGA